AUGGGAUCCCAAAGCAGAGCUCGUACCGUGGGAUACGGUCUUGUGUUCUUUCUGGGCUGUGCUUUGACUAGCGCAGUUCUGUGGCUUUUGUACGCAGAUGUUGACCUGCAUGGAUCCGUUCACAGUGCGUGGGAUGCUAGUACGGGUGCCUUUCGUCUGGGACGAAACACGCAGCUGGUUCCUGCCACCGAAGUGACAACAGGUCCAUUAGCCAUGGACCCCUCAUACAAUGCAAGUGCUCCUCCUCAAGAAAGGUUCUUUGAUUGGACGGUAGAGCGUGCUGACAUGGCACCCGAUGGUGUGAAGCGCCUCAUGUAUACCAUCAAUGGGCAAUUCCCGGGGCCCAUGAUGGAAGUGACCGAAGGCGACACUCUUAUUGUGAAGGUCCGUAACCACAUUUUCGACAACUACAAAGUACCGCCUCCUCCAAUGUCGUCCAAACUCCUCGACGUUCACCCAGAGGGUACUGACAGAAAAAUAUCUAUCCACUGGCACGGCCUGUCCAUGCGGGGUAUGCAGGUCAUGGACGGAACAUCUGCCGUAACAUCAUGUGCACUUACACCAGGUGACGAGCAUACAUACCGCUUUGUCGUGCAGCCAGAAGACGUCGGCACGCAUUGGUACCAUUCACAUGUGGGUACGUCACGCGCCGAUGGUUUGUGGGGCAUGUUGAUUGUGCAUGCCCGGGAGGACGAGCGUAAAGUCCUGAAGGAACGUGCACCAGCGCAUGAAACACACUGGGAUGAGGAAGUCGCCAUUGCUGUGGGCGAUCACUUUCAUGAUAUGGGCCCUGAGAGCUUGGCCCGUUACGUUUCGCGCUGGCUCCAAAAAGCUGAACCGGUUCCGGAAAAUGCGCUGAUCAAUGGAAAGCACAUUUUCAGCUGCCACCACAGCCGGCUCUCUGGUGUUCCGUGUCCAGCUGGUGAUGUGGAUCAGGUGGGCGAGUACACUUCAUUCCACUUCCGGCCUGAUCGUAACUACCGUCUGCGGCUUGUGAAUGUCGGCUCGCUGGCUGAUAUCACAUUCAGCGUCGAUGGCCACACGAUGACGGUUAUUGAAGCCGACGGCACUCUAGUUGAGCCAAUGAAGGUGCACCGCAUCCCUAUUUCGCCCGGUCAGCGCUACUCGGUGAUCCUACACAGAGAGCCUGACGCCAAGAUGGAUCGGAUGUGGAUGCGAGCUGAAAUGUCGCAUGAAUGUUUCCAGUAUACGAACCCGGUCAUGGAGCUGGAAAGUAAGGCAGUCGUUGCGUAUGAUGGAAAGACAGCAUCUUGGAAAGACUCGCAGAAUCAUAUGUUCCCGCUUCGAUUGCGGAGCUACCGGCGGAAAGUGUCUGAAUUCAUUUUCCAACAUAAGCGAACAUUGAAAUUACCGACGUCCAAGGCAUGGAGCCCAAAUGUCACGGAUGUUGGUAUUCCAACAGAGCCUUGCCAUGAUCUUGAGCCCGAUACGUUAGUACCACUCAUUCCUGACCCGGCGCCUGAACUCCAUCUUGACCAGGGCGAUAAGCGAGAGUUCGUCUACGUGACAGUGCCGAUCCUAGAGAAAUACAGCAUUGUACCUAUGGGAUUCAUGAACGGAUCUACCUGGCGACCGUACGGUCAUCGUGGCCGCGAUCGCCAGCCCAUUCUGCACAGGAUUUCACAUGCAAACAGCACUGAAGUCGAGGACUGGUACAACUAUGAUGUGCUUGAACCCUUACAUGAACUUGUCGCUAGUCCGCAUCCUAGCAAGCCGGUCGUGUUUGAGCUGGUGAUUAACAACCAGGACGAUUCACCUCAUCCUUUCCAUCUUCACGGACACAAGUUUUGGGUUAUGGAAACGGGUGAAAUGGAUCCUCAAUUUGGCGGUUUCGACUACUACGAGGAUGUUGGUCAAGUCUACCCAUUGGAUCGUCGCAUGAAACGCGACACCGUAGUCGUUCCAAUGAUGGGACACGCCGUUAUUCGUUGGGUUGCCGACAACCCGGGCGUGUGGGCAUUCCAUUGUCACAUGAUGGUCCACCUGGCCUCUGGCAUGGCCAUGGCUAUUGUGGAGCAACCUGCUCUGCUUCAACAAAAUCCGCCAGUGCCAAGAGUUUGCAAAUUAUAA